CCGCGCGCUGAUUGGUUACCUGGUCCUCAUUGUCAUGCUGUCAAUCCACAUCACAUGGUCCGGCCCCUAGGCCUAUUAACAGAUGAGCUUGGCGAACAAGUUUACAGACUUCUGUUUCAGAGCCGAGAAGGAAGGAGCAGUUUGAGCGGAGAGAACCUAGAAGCACCUGCAGGCACAUUUGCCUCUUAAGGCAGAACUUUUUUUUUUUCCAAAAAAAAAGAAAAGCAAAACAUCAUCUUAUGAGACCGGUCAGUACAUCUACCUCUUUGACUUUUGGCGUUAUUUUGUGAACUUUUUAUGUGCCUGUGAGUGAACACUAAAAGCCGCCUGAAUGUAUAACAUGAUGGAAACCGAGCUCAAGACCCCGCUCCCGCAGUCCAACUCGGGCUCGGCGCCGGGCGCAAAGAACAACAGUGCCAGCGACCAGGAGCGGGUAAAGCGGCCGAUGAACGCCUUCAUGGUCUGGUCCCGGGGUCAGCGGAGAAAGAUGGCUCAAGAAAACCCUAAAAUGCACAACUCUGAAAUCAGCAAGCGCCUCGGUGCUGACUGGAAACUUCUGACCGACAGUGAAAAGAGGCCAUUCAUCGACGAGGCCAAGCGUUUACGGGCUAUGCACAUGAAGGAGCACCCGGAUUAUAAAUACCGUCCCCGCAGGAAGACCAAGACCUUGCUAAAGAAAGACAAGUAUUCUUUGCCCGGGGGACUGUUGGCGCCAGGAACCAACCCCGUCAACAACGCUGUGUCAGUGGGGCAGCGAAUGGACGGAUACGCGCACAUGAACGGGUGGACAAACAGUGCGUACUCCCUCAUGCCGGACCAGCUGCCCUACCCUCAGCAUCACAGCAUGAACAGCCCACAGAUUCAGCAGAUGCACCGGUACGAGAUGGCAGGCCUGCAGUACCCGAUGAUGUCUUCGGCGCAGACCUACAUGAACGCAGCUUCCACAUACAGCAUGUCUCCAGCGUACACGCAGCAGACCACCAGCGCCAUGGGACUGAGCUCCAUGGCGUCAGUGUGCAAGACCGAGCCGAGCUCACCACCGCCGGCCAUCACGUCCCACUCUCAGAGGGCGUGUUUGGGGGACCUGAGGGAUAUGAUAAGCAUGUACCUGCCUCCCGGCGGGGAUAGCGCAGAGCAUUCAUCCCUGCAGAGCAGCCGGUUACACAGCGUCCAUCCGCACUAUCAGACCGCGGGGACUGGCGUUAAUGGAACGCUACCUCUCACCCACAUCUGAGAGUAGCACGCAAAAAACCCACACACAGACUUAAAAAACUUUUUAAAAAAGUUACGGAUACUUGAACUUGCUAAAGAGACAACGUUCAGCAGUUUUGUUUUUAAAAAAGAGAAACACGCUUUUAUCUUCUGACUUGUCCAUUUUAAAAGACUUUUAAAUGGAUCGAAACUGAACGUUGAGCCCGUCAGAGUAAAUUGCGCUGCAAAGAGGCUUUUUAUCGCGAGUACGAGCAAUUAACUUAUGUAGAAGAAUUGGACUUCUAUAUUUUAAAUGAUGCCAUAUUUUCUCUCUAUGAAAAGGCAUGUGGCCUCAUGAAGGGGCUGGUGUAUUUCAGAAAAGCUGGAUGGAAAGUUGUUUCAUAAAUGUUUACACUUAAUUUGUAGACUGUCAGUUGUCUCGACUGUGUCCAAAUUUUGUAGUCUUUUUUUUUUUUUUUUUUUUCUUCCCUUCCUCCCAAUGAACUAGGUUAAAGGAAAUGUAAAGACAGUGCGGGUCGCAAACGCAAGUUUUAUUUAUAGUAAGAUUUGUUUUUUUACUUUUGUUUUUUGUUUUGUUUUUGUUUUUAGCUUGUGAACCCGAAGUUUUGUCACGUAAACUGUUCAAUUAUUGUUUUAUUUUUUGUAAAAUAUUCUGUUCUGUGAUGGUUUUUGACAGUGUCAUGUUUGCUCAUUACCCUGAACGAAAAGGUUUAUUUAAACUGACGUUUCUACAUAUUUUAAGACCAUCCUCUAUUCUUAAAUGCUGAAUAAAUUUCUACGAAACGUUA